CUGGGAAUAUUCAACUUAUGGGAACAAAGAAUUUCACUCGACAUGAAUCAGCUUUGCAUUCGGAAGUAGAAGCACUGCGGUGGGCGAUGGAAAAUAUGCUUCAAUAUUCAACAUGCCAGAACUUUGGGACAGACUGCAAGGAGCUGAUUGCAAUGUUAAAGGACCCUCAAGAUUGGCCAAGCUUUGCGACAGAAUUGGAGAGAAUAGAGACAUUACAGAUAUGCUUCCCGGACUUCAGCAUCAUUCAUGUUCCACGGGCGCGCAAUCAGAUUUCAGAUUUUUUAGCUAAGACUGCAAGAUCCUUCCAUAGGGAGUUACUUUUUAUUGGUUGUUCUAUUCCGGUUUGGUUACCCAGACCACCUCAAGUUUGAGUAAUAGAAUGACCUUUUGAUGUCAAAAAAAAAAAAAAAUAAUAUAUGGAUAAAGAAGUUUUUCAUCUAACAAGGUCUGACAAAAUUAAAACAGCAAGCAAAUCGUGCCAACAUUAACAGUAUCCAGUAGGUAGGCGCAAUUAAAAGCACUAGACUAAAUAUCAGAUGUUUUAGAUUCUCAAUGAAGCCAAAGAUUUUGGCUUCUUUGGUAAGCCAAGUUGUUCUUUUAUCAUAAUCUUCGCUGUUUCUCCACGUACAUUGAUUAAAGUGUUAACACUUUCUUCAUAACACUGGAACUAGCCAUGGCCACAUUAAAAGCAGCUAUAACGUUUCUAAAAGCUAACAUUCGUGGCUUAAUAUGCGCGUCUCAGCGUCCACCCCGUUUGUCUCAUCAUCCGCCGGAUCUCGUCCGUUGGAUCGAGAGAGAAGGCGGCUUCGUUCACCACGCCGUGAAGCUGUCUCAGGAUACUCCAUUUGGCUUCGGUCUCAUCUCCACCGAACAAAUCCCUCAAGGCACAGACCUAAUCACUCUCCCUCCUCACGUUCCCUUACGCUUCGAAUCAGAUGAUGCUCCACCGUCUCCUCUCCUUGCCGCUUUAUCCCGUCGAGUUCCCGAGGAGUUGUGGGCAAUGAAACUGGGACUGAGACUAUUGCAAGAAAGAGCCAAUGCUGAUUCUUUCUGGUGGCCUUACAUUAGCAAUCUUCCUGUGACUUACACCGUUCCCAUAUUCUUUCACCCAGAAGACAUCGAGAACUUGCCGCUUAAACCUUUUCAAUACCAGUUUGAUGAAAGAUGCCGUUUUCUUCUUCAUUUCGAGGAAGAGGUUAGAGAGACUCUCGAAGGUGUUCAGGCUAGUGAUCACCCUUUUAGAGGUCAAGAUGUGAAUGCAUCGGACCUUCGUUGGGCCUUGUCGGCUGUUUCGACUAGAGCGUUUCGUUUACAUGGUAAUAGAAAGGUGGUUCAAGGUGGGUCUUCUGAUCAUGUUCCCAUGAUGCUUCCUUUAAUAGAUAUGUGCAACCACAGCUUCUCGCCCAAUGUCAAGAUCAUUCAGGACCAGGACGAUGGUUCUGACUCAAACACUCUUGUUAAGGUUGUUGCAGAGACUCAAGUUAAAGAAAACGAUCAGUUGCUACUCAAUUAUGGUUGCCUUAGCAAUGACUCUUUCCUGUUGGACUAUGGAUUUGUGGUUGAAUCAAACCCAUACGACACCAUUGAGCUUAACUACGAUGAAGGGCUCUUGGACGCUGCAAGCUUGGCGGUUGGUUUUGCUUCCGGAAAAUUCUCUUCACCAGCUCCAUGGCAACAUCAGUUGCUUUCCCAAUUGAAUCUAGCUGGCAAAAUGCCAAACCUCAAGGUAACCUUAGGAGGUCAAGAGACAGUAGAUGGACGACUAUUGGCAGCCAUAAGAAUACUGCUUUCCGGUGAACUGGUGGAAGUAGAGAAGCAUGACUUAGAAGCGCUCAAAUCUUUAUCCUCCGUUGCCCCUCUUGGAAUUGCCAACGAGAUUGCCACUUUCCAAACUGUAAUGGUUUUUUGUGUGCUUGCUAACGUUGUAUUGAGUCGACUGGAAGAUCACGAGGCUAUACUGAAACAGGGUGUUUCAGACACAGCAGAACUGAUUAUCAAGUACCGAAUCCAGAAAAAAUCAGUGUUCUCUGGUGUCAUCGAAGACCUCAGAAGAAGGGUUAAGUUACUAUCAGCUCAGGAGACACCUAAUGCUUCGUGAUAAUGAUAAGUUAUCUAGUCUUUUUGCUUGUUUCAAAACCUCUGUUUAAGCUUAUCUGAGCCCUUCUCCAUGAAUUAGUUGUGGUUUAUCCCAGAGAAGCAAAAGAUUUGUUGACAUAGGAGACUCAUGACAUUAACUAAAGAUAUUUACAUUGAAAGACAAAAGAGAGCCUAAAAUACACAGAUAGUAACCUAUAUCCAUUGCUCUUUCUUUGUUAUCAAUUUUCCAACGGUGAUAGGUCUGCGGUCUCUCUGCCCUAACCCGAGAGGAGAAUGGGAACGCUGUGGACCUGUGAUAUAGCGAAGCACCCUCAGCAUCUGCGGCUGAUGAACCUUCUCAAACUCUUUCUUGAUCUUCACUACUUGGCUAUGUACAGGAAGGACACAAUCAUGCCAGCCAUCUCCAUGAUUGGCCUUCUUCUUGUUCUCCAUCACAAAUCGGUAGUGAAGGCAGAAGUGCUUCUGUUUGUAUGUUUCUUAUGAUGUUUGCGGUUUUACUUUCACGCGGGAGGCGUGUUUGUAAUAAUAAUCUUGAACAAAAGUGGACAUGAGUUGUUGAUGAAGUAGUAGGGAAGUUAGGUUGGUGGGCAACGCCAAAUUAGUCUCUUACACA